AUGAUUCGCUUGUGGUUCCCCUCUCUUCUUGCUUAUGGACUUACAAUACUGCAGGGGGUGAAUUGUUGGACAUACCAUUAUUCAGACACAAACAUGACCUACAGGGAAGCAGAGCUGUGGUGCAAAAAGAGGUAUACUAACAUGGUUGCCAUUCAGAAUAAGGAGGAAAUCAACUACCUCAAUAACUUCUUACCCUUCAAUCCGGGUUACUACUGGAUUGGUAUCAGAAAAAUUAAUGAGGUGUGGACCUGGAUUGGAACUAACAAAGAACUGACAGAAGAGGCAGAAAACUGGGCUUCGGGUGAGCCAAAUGGCAAAGGGAACAAUGAGGACUGUGUUGAAAUCUACAUCAAAAGAGGGAAGGAUGAUGGCAAAUGGAAUGAUGAGCAGUGUGAGAAAAAGAAGGUCGCCUUGUGCUACACAGCUUCUUGCAACCCAUCUCUCUGCAAUGGCCAUGGAGAAUGCAUAGAGACUAUUAACAAUCAUACCUGCCAUUGUAACCCUGGAUUCUACGGGCCUGAAUGCGAGUUUGUUGAGAGUUGUGAUCCACUACAGAAACCUGAUCAUGGGAGCCUUGAGUGCAGCCAUCCAUUGGAGAAUUUCAGCUACAACUCAUCCUGCACAGUUCAGUGUGAGGAAGGCUAUGAACUGACUGCAUUGGAAUCUGUAUACUGUACCUCUUCUGGGGUCUGGUCUGCCCCCCUUGCAGCAUGCAAAG